UUCGAUCUAGGGUGGAUCUCAAUUCCUUGCAGCUUGAAGUCUGGUGUGCUGAACGAACCGCUUGCUCGGAAGCAUGUGAAGUGUGCACAAAGGAAGAUUUGUGAUUUACUGCAAAAUGUAUUCAAUUUCUUUAACAAGACUGCUCAUGCUGUUACUGUGUCUAACAAGCGUUGUAAAGUCGCAAAUCGAAGAUGAAGAGGGAGACGAUUAUGAGGAAGGUCCGUGCGGACGCUGGCGACCGGGCGAUGUGGAUCUGCGAUCGUUCGACUUGAUCCGCGAGUUCCGCCUGGAUCAGAUUGAGGCGAGCAGCAAGCAUAUGCACCGGCUGCAGGGUACCAACGAGUAUCAGACGGCCUAUCGCUUCGAGAAGGAGGCGAACCUAACGAUGCGCUCGGUCGAUGCGUUUCCGCUCGGGCUGCCGCAUCAGUUUUCCUUCGAGUGUACGUACCGCAUCGAGGAUGAGGGCGAAUCGUCCUGGCAUCUGUUCGAGGUGACGAACGAGGUGCAGGAAAGCCAGCUAGCCAUCACACUGAACCCCGGCCGGCAGAUUCUGCAGAUCGGGCUACCCGCCACCGAGGGUGAGCAGCAGAUUGUGGAGUAUCAUCACACUACGCUUUUCGAUCACAACUGGCACAAAAUUAUGCUCGGUGUUACCAACGAUUAUCUGAACCUUUGGGUCGAUUGUCGUCCAGUGCGCGAUACCGACGGAAAUCUUAACGUUCCCCUGGAGCCGCGGGAUCGUUUCGACGUAGCCGAUGGGUACGUUUCAAUUUCCAGGUUUGCGGAAACUUCCGUCUUUGAGCCCGAAUCUCCCAUCAUCGAUCUGCAAUGGAUGGUUAUGAACUGUGACCCAACGCGACCGGCCCGGGGCAAUUGUGACGAACUGCCCGUGUACGAUGUCGCAUCUUUAACUGCGAAUCUUCCGGAAGGACCAACUCCAAAGUCGGACUGUAAUACCGUCUGUCCACCAGGAUACAACGGAACAGAUGGAGCUCCAGGACCAGUUGGACCACCCGGUCUUCCAGGACAAAAAGGUGAAGCUGGUGCAUUUGGAAGACGGGGACCUCCCGGACCUCGUGGAUUGGAAGGACCUCCGGGACUUCCUGGAAUUGGUCAGAAGGGCGAGAAAGGAGAGAUCGGAGUUGGUAUUGCUGGACUGAAGGGACAGAAAGGUGAACCAGGAGUCGCUGCUGUGGCCGGGUCGACCGUAGCCGGUCCCGUUGGACCGCGAGGUCUUCCCGGUCCCCAAGGUCCUCCCGGUGCAGGGCUAAGAGGAGAGAAAGGUGAUGCCGGUGCCCCGGGUCGUGAUGGACAAUCGAUAACUGGACCACGUGGCUUGAUUGGACCGCCCGGAGCGCCAGGUCUUCCCGGUGCGGACGGUUUACCUGGUGCAUCAGGUGUAAAGGGAGAGCGCGGCGCACCAGGACCAAGAGGUGAAGAUGGAGUUGGAUACCCGGGAGAACCGGGUCCAAGAGGACCGAAAGGAGAGCCUGGUAGUGCUAGGGCUGGUGCAGGUGUAGCAGGACCUCCCGGUCUGCCUGGACUGCAAGGAAAUGACGGCGCAAAGGGAGAGAAGGGAGAAUCCGGUACCCGUGGCCUCCCAGGCACUCAAGGACUACCGGGUAUUCCCGGUGCUCCAGGCCUACCAGGUCCUCCGGGUCCUCCCGGUGAUGGUUCAGGAGGGGGUGGCGGCGGUGGAGGAAGAUACUUUGAAAACUUCAUGUCCUACGGCCAUCGAGGACCGACAGGUUACACUGGAUUGCCCGGAGAGAGGGGCGCCGGUGGUCUGCGAGGUCCAGAAGGUGCUCCAGGCGUACCAGGUCCACCAGGUGUGGAUGGUGCUCCAGGACCUCAGGGAAUACCGGGCCUACCGGGACAAACCGGACCUCCGGGUGUUCCUGGUGUCCCCGGCCGUAGCUACACUGAGGCAGAAGUAAGCGAUAUCUGUCGGGCAGUGCUGCGAGAUCACAUUGCCGAACUGACGGAGGGAUUGAUUGGACCUCCUGGGCCACCGGGAGUUUCCCGUCCGGGCAAACCCGGUACUCCGGGACGUCCGGGCGAAAAGGGCGAGCGUGGAUUCCCCGGUUUCACCGGUGAUAGGGGCAUCCCGGGAGAACAGGGAGCGCCAGGCGUUGCCGGACCACCGGGAGAGCGUGGAGAACCGGGCAUUCCGGGCGAGAAUGGGCGUGACGGUGUUGGCUACGUUGGUCCGCAAGGCCCGGUCGGCCCCCCCGGACCGCCAGGAGACUCCGUGAUAGGGCCACCAGGUCGGGCAGGUGAACGUGGAGAACCUGGUAAAGCAGGUCAUCCAGGCGUUCGUGGAGCACCGGGUGUUCCUGGCGUUUGCCCCAACGAUUGCUACAUGGCGGCAGCGGCAGUGGCUCAGAACUUCCGCACCAACCAGCAAACUAAAGGACCCAACUAUUAGCCCGAAUGUAGCGAUUAGCCGAGAUGCUGUUAAGCGAAAAAUCAAUAAAGUCUUCUUGCAUUUCAAUUUAA